AUGCGCAGCCUCAAGCGCCUGCUGCGAGCGAGGCUGGGCUGCAGCCGGCGAGGCUCCGUGGCGCUCUGCUCCUGCUGGGCUGUAGGGGGCGUCUUCCUCCUCCUCCUCCUCCUCCUCCUCUUUCUGGCGCGCGGUGGCCUCUUCUUCUCUGGACGCUGCACGGACGAGCAGAGCCAUAGGAUGCUGGAGAGGCUGUGUCUUGACUACAGGACAGGAGCUUUGACAGGGGACCUUUGUGAAGACUUGUGUGUGGAACAGAAAUUGAUAUACAAACGUUGCCUUUAUUAUGACAGAGGUAAGAAGGUCAUCCAAGCUGACUGGAGAGGUCGCCCAGUGAUCCUGAAAUCAAAAAAUGAAAUAUUCUCUAGCUACCACCACCUCAGCUUUCUGGAGGAAAUGGAAUCACAGGGUAUUCCAGAGGCAGAACUGCUUCUUAUGGUUGCAUUGGAAAUCAAGAGUGUUCUGGGCUUAGAACUUCCCAAUAACACUAUGGGACCUUUGUGGACAAAGAGAAGAGGUCCACACUGGAAAGCACAGCUGGCUAGUAUGUGGUCCUUACUCCAACAAGAAGAAUAUAUUUAUUUUAGUGUCUUGCAAGAUUUUAGUAAACAUGUCCUAAGGGUCAUUGGCUCUUGUGGCCAUUUCUAUGCUGUGGAGUAUUUGACAGCUGGACAUGCUUGGCACAAAACUCUCUUUUCUGUUGAAGAGGCUGUUGGUACCUCCUUCUCUGGAAUUAAAAGCAAAGCUAAGGCCAUCACUGAAAUUGCCAUCAGCUUUCUGGAUAUGGUAAAUCAUUUUGACAAUGACUUUUCUCACCGGCUUCAUCUCUGUGACAUCAAACCAGAAAAUUUUGCCAUCAGAAAUGAUCUGACGGUAGUCGCUAUUGAUGUAGAUAUGGCUUUUUUUGAACCUAAAAUGAGGGACAUCCUUGAACAGAACUGCACAGGAGAUGAAGACUGCAAUUUUUUUGACUGCUUUUCAAAGUGUGACCUGAAGAGCAGAAAAUGUGGAGCCCAGAGAGCCAAUAACAACCUUCAAGUCAUCUGUGAUAAAAUAUUUCGGCCCUGGUUCUCUCUAAACCUCAGAGGAUCUGCCAUCUCCUUUCCCCUGCAGCUGCAGUUACAAAAAGCAGUUCAUGAAUGUGCAGAAUCAGGAAGCAAAGAUACUGCUGCGCAUGUCCAGAGCACUCCUCCAGAUUCUCUUUCUGAGUUAUACCAGUUGCUCCGAGCCAGCCAAAAGGAACUUCAGAAAUCUCAUCAAAUCCGCCAAUGAUUAGUAUUCAGUGAAGAAUAAACUUCAUUUCUGAUUCCAUUCAAAUGAAUUCAUUUCUACUUAUUGACUUUUUACUAGGCUUUUGAAAACCAUGAUUGCAGAUAUAGUGUGUAUACUAUUAAUACUCACUGAAAUGUGAAAAUGUUUUCUUUGGACUCUGUUGUCACUUAGUUCCUGAACCCAUGUUGUUUACACACAUGCCCAAUAUUUUGCAUUAUAUUGUUUAUCUAAAAAGCAGUAGCAUAUUUCCACACUAAUGUGC